GCCAAAGUUUUCCGCUAUUGAAGUUUUAUUUGGGGGUUAUCAAUAAAGAAAGCCAUGUUGAAUUCAGAGGAUAUUGUGCUGACCUUUAGUUUCUGUGCCCUGGUGUUGGUUGGUCUGGUUGGCAACCUUUUGGUCUGUUUGGUAGUUUAUUUAAAUAGAAGUAUGCAGACACCAAUGAAUUACCUUCUUGUGAACUUAGCAAUGGCUGAUAUGGUGGCAGUGACCUUUAUAAGCCCACAGUAUGUUUUUAUACAUGUAUUUACUCAUCCUACGGGGGUAACUGGCGAUAUAAUAUGUAAGUUUAUCACUGGUGGGAAUCUAUCCUGGAUUGGAGGCGUUGCUUCCGUGUUUUCGCUCGUAGCAAUCUCAUUUGAACGUCAUCAGGCCGUUACAAACCCCUACAAUGCCGUAUCCAAAUUUUCCGCGUUAAAAGUGAAGAUCAUUGUCAUCUCUUGCUGGAUUUUCACCAUUGCCUUCAACUUUCCACUGUUCUUCGCUAUAUACUACGAUGAAGAGAAUAUGUUCUGCCUAGAGGCUUGGCCAAGCCCAGGCUACGGCAAAGCAAAUUCCACAGCUUGGCUCGUAAUUGUCGGAAUCCUCCCAGCCACCAUCAUGAUAUCCUUAUACGCCAGAGUCAUUUACGAUUUGUGGUUCAAGAAAAUAAACGGAAACGUUCAAAUAGCGGUGCGAAAGUCGAGAAGAAAAGUGACAAAGUUAGUCUUGAUUGUAAGCGUUAUUUACGCCGUGAGCUGGUUUCCACAGCUGAUUCUGUACCCCCUUAGUCACUACCACCAUGCUUACGAGUUCGGAGGGAUUCCGUACAUUACGACCGUUGUCAUGGUGACAUUUAACUCCGCUAUAAACCCUGUUAUAUACGGCUUUCAAAGCGAACGAUUCAGGGAAUACUUUAAACAGUUUUUAUUUUGCCAGCGGAGGAAAGCAUCCCUGGUCACUCCUCUGGUCGCCAAUGCACCGCGGCCAAUUGGUGAGAGUUUAGUUACCGCAAACCAUGCAGUAAAAGAAACGUCGAGACCGACACCAUCGACGAACAUGUAAGUAAGAAAUUGUAAUGUAAAUAAGCUUGGCUCACACUGACAUCAAUCGAAAAUUAUCCGCUGAGAAUCACUCAAAAGUCAAACAGUUUGACAAAGAAGAUAUUCUUGCCAGAUUUAAAAGUGCUGAGAGCACUACAACUUCUGUAGCCGUUUUGGUUUUUUUUAUCUACCAGCACAAUU